AUUAAGUGUUGGUUUAGGAGACCUCCAAAUUCAGCUGGACUAUGUGGUAAUGGAUACGACGUCAGAAUUCAUCAAAGGACCUAAAGCAAAAAUAGAUCGCAUCAACCACCAUUUGGGCUUUACCAGACAUGCCACCUUAGGAUUUGCCGUCGAUUGUGGUAGAGUUGACACACUUCAUCUUGUGGAGCUGCUCAGUGGCCCAAGAUCAGUGACUUUCAAACCGGUGCACUACGUGAAGAA